UAACUAGGCAUACACACACUACCACUUUAAUAUUCGAAAUCAGAAGUGCAUUUUGAAACUAACAAUAAAAUAUACAGCAAUCUUGACGGUGAUUGUUAACUUGACGGGUCAAUUAUUUUCUGACGGACGGCAAAAUACCUUAGGUAUGAGCAAAAGGUACAAUCAAUUUGUUGAAUGCUCAACAUUACAACGCCGUGCUAUCUGGUAGGUUUCGAGUUACGGGGUGUGAUAUUUACACCAGAGAACCGGGCUGGGGUAUUUAAAACCCGUGGAGUCGAUGGUGCAAAGUAUAUAUAUGGAGCAUAUCUGCACAAACGGUAAGAAAUGUACGUUUAUAAUAAGAAAAGAAGCCAAUAAUUGCAGCAUGGAAGAACAACAUAGGUAUUAAAUGAACUAUUAUGGGAUUUGGUCUGAAGUUGACAGUGAUAUUACUUCUGUUGCAGAAAGGACUAUGUCAAGUAUGUAAUACAACAAUUGUUGCGCCAUCAAACAAAGUUACAUCACUUACAACACCAGGUUAUAACGGGGGAACUGGCAGUUAUACAAGUAAUUUAGAAUGCUAUUGGAUUUUGGAUGCUGGUUCUGACGACAUGAGAAUUUUGAUGUUUGUUACAUAUGAUAUAUCUUGUCCCAAUGACAAGUUCUACAUACAUGAUGGUUCAAAUGCAUCUUCAACGAAAAUAGCAGAUGGACAAUGUGGGAAGGCAAUUGCCACUCACUAUUCUACGUCACAAAGAUACGCCUACAUUAGAAUGACGUCAGAUGCAACAUUAGAACUAGCUGGUCUCCUUGUUGAAUACGUAGCAGCUAAAGAUUAUUCCGGUACUGGUUGUGGGGGCACAAAGCAGACGCUAACAGCUACUGAAGCAUUCCAGUAUCUGUCCUCACCCAGUUUUCCCAGCCAAUAUCCCAGCGACAGUAACUGCCGAUGGACAAUUAAUAACGCCUUCGGUACCGUUGAUAUAGAAGUUAUAAUGUCUGAUGUCGAGGCUGAUAAUCCUGCAGCCUGUGACUAUGAUCAUUACGAAAUAUAUGACGGUGAAUAUAUGUGUGAACAUAACACUAUCAGAAAAGUUUGUCAGGAGUUUCAAGAUGUCCCUGCAUAUAAUUACUCGUCAAAUGGAACUUCUGUCGUUGUCAAAUUCUUCAGUGAUUCAUCAGUCAAUCGGCGAGGUUUUCUUUUUAGAUACAGAGCCAUAAACACUCCUACAACGACUACUGUAGCUACUACUACAAGUAUCGACACAACAACAAAAGAGACAGCAAGUGAUUCAACAACUACUGAAAGAACUACAACAACAACAGUAUCUUCAGCACCUUGUACAACUAAAACAACAACAUAUAUAACAACAACAAAGGCAGAAGGUCUAGAGAUAAAUUUUGAGCUUCUCCUUGGAUUCAUCGGGGGAUCACUAUUUCUAAUAUGUCUGACAAUCGUGAUAGUUGUAUGUGUUGUGACUAAAGCAAAGCCACCCUCUGGCAAAACCAUCACUCCGGUGCAACCAUUCAGACCUUAUGAAACAGUUGACAAGAACUCAAUUCGAAUACGAAAACCUUCGAAAAUCCCAAAACAGAUAUCAUCUCAGAGUGGUGUAACUCAAAAGUUACCACCGUGGUAGAAAAUAUAAUUUUCUAGUACUACACAUAUUGUUUCAUGUUAUCUUUUUAAAAAGUAUUUGAUAUACUUCUGUUGACUUUGGUCGUCUCCAAUAUAACUAAGUAAGAUUUACUGAACAUUAUAUCUAUUUGGCUGGAGCUUGAUUUUGUGUUCUGUUUUUGUAGUUUUCCUUAUAAUAUGCUUUCAAAAAGCAUACAUAUUUCAUUUUUAAAAUUGCUUUAUAUCAAAACUCCAGUUUUACAUAUAUAAUAUGGUAUGGUAGUCGGGUAUUGCUAACGUAUCCGGUAUUUAUGACAUUCCUAAUAAAUAGCAGAAGUGUUAUUACUAUAUAGAAAUGAAACAUUACAGUAUGAAUAUGUGCCAUAUACCUUAAAGUAAAGGAAAAUGACUCAAAUACUUAUAAGACAAUGUGUUUUAGCGUAAUCAAAUACAUUUUAUAUGGAAUAUUUUAGGGUCUCUCAUUUCUCUCAUUUUGUUUCAUCAAUUAAACAUUUUUUUAAAUUUAUAUUUUAUUUCACAUCAAAAUAAAGACAACGUAAUUAUUUUUUUUUUCAAAACGCUCGAAUUUUAUCAUGACCUUAAUGUAAUUUAAUAUAAUAUUUCUUUAUCAAGUUUACUCCAGGUCAUUUACAAAAAGCAUUGGACCUUUAUACCCACUCCAGAGACGAUGCCGAUCAGAUUAUGAGUGUGCACAUGAUGAAACUCUGCCAUUCAGUUAACUGAAGUCUACUGAAAGGUGACUGACUGGCAGAGAUCUGGCAUUCAGUGACCUUUCCAGGCCUUUAAGUCACCAUUCAGUUGACUAAAUGGUGUAGAUUCAUCCUGUAGUGUGUUUUAUAUCAACCGAAAGAAUAUAUGUUUUUUUUUAAUUGAGACCACAUUGUGUUCAAGCAAUACUCAAUACUUGACUGUUAUGUUGGUCUUCUCCUACAUCACAAACAUUUUGAUGAAUGUGUUACAUAUGUUAUGACUGUACUAUUUGACACUAUUUUUGUUAAAUAAAUUUUUCAGACAUUGUU